AUGCAUACUCGACUGGCCUGGCCUUGUCUUGUUUUGACACCGAGUGUGAUUUCUCUUGGUUGCAUCAGUGUACGGACGGCUCCAGGUGAAGAAGUAUCGUCGAUCAACGUCGGAAUUCCAGAAGGCCCCAAAGUUUCCAAUAACCUCGAGUACAAGCUCCUUCCGCGCGCAUCUCGACCCAAAACACACACCUUGGCCCGCCGCGGCUCAACUAGGCCCGGCAGACAGACGAAAUUCGAGCUGGUGAAACAUCUGAGGGGCUCGAAAACUUUACCUCGUGCUCGAUUUGCAAAUAGAUAUGUAUCAUAG